CGAGGCCUUCCGGUGCGAAGGUCACCAUGGCGGCCUCCUUGGCUCGGCUCGGGCUCCGGUCUGUGAAGCAGGUUCGGGUUCAAUUCUGCCCCUUCGAGAAGAAUGUAGAGUCGACGAGGACCUUCCUCCAGGCGGUGAGCAGCGAGAAGGUCCGUUCCACCAACCUCAACUGCUCGGUGAUUGUGGACGUGAGGCACGACGGCUCCGAGCCCUGCGUGGACGUGCUGUUCGGAGACGGGCAUCGCCUGAUUAUGCGCGGCACCCACCUCACCGCCCAGGAAAUGCUCACAGCCUUUGCCUCCCACAUCCAGACUAGGGCUGCGGCGAGCAGCGGGGAGAAGCCAGGCGCUGGUACCGGGCGCUGACAGUGCAGAAGAGAUCAACAAGCCGAUUUUAGCUUGGGAUUGCUAGGACGCUUACCUAAGAGUUUGAGAGACUUCAUCACUCGAAUCACAGUCUGGAGGGCCACGGAGCGCCGGAAAGAAAAAAAGAGCGAGCCCUGGGACUACUGAUCCAACCAGCGUUUCUGAAAAGAGACACGAUGAGAGAGGGGUCUGCACAAACUUGAAUUGAUUUCAUUUUCUUACCAUCACUCCCUGCUGAACCCUUUUGAAUUUGGCUUUUCCCACCACUCACUCAAGGUGCCUAUUGCUCUUAUUAGCCAAAUCCAGUGCUGUUUUUCUCGGUCCUCAUAUUUCCAUCUCAGUAGGAUCCGCCGCUUUUAAUUUGCUCCCUUGUGGAAGUUCCCUUCCUCGUGGGUCUUUUUUUCUUUUAACCAUAAAACUGUGCUUCUUUCAUCCUUCAUUUUUGUGUCUAUUUCUGAGCAUUUCAUUCUGUCAUAACUUGAACUCUGGGGUUAAAUCCUACAUUUCUGUUUGGCUCUAAUCUCAACUACUGUGCUAUUGUCAGGUUCCUUACUAGCAGUUUCCUCCAAACCCCACCCACACUCCUUUGUCCAAAAUAGCAUUGAUAAUCUUACAUACACAUAUACUUGCCUCUUCCCCUGACUUCCCCAUUCCUUCAUCUGCUUUAUCUCCUCAGCAACCUGGGCUGGAAACCACAGCAUUGCCUCUGCUUCUGCCCUCUCUCUUUCCCUGCAUAUCUAGUCAAUAAAUUCAGAAUAUUCUUUUUUAAACAAAAGCUUCUGAAGUGUUUUCUCCGUUCCCAUUCACUUUCCUGUAUCAUUGUAUUAUCCCACCCAAUCUCCAUUUUUUCUGACCAUUUUGCUGCUGCUUAAUUUUGUCUUUCAAAGCUGGUCGCUGUUUUUAUGUCUUCCUGCUACUUGUUUCACACUGUGCCUGAUGUGUUUUUCAUACUGGGUUACCAACUCGUUAGUAUGGAUCGUGAAAUCAAUUUAGAGGGUUAAAUCAGCAUUUCAGAAACAAAGUAAAAUAGAAUAAAAAAUAUCAGAGUGCAUGGCACAGAAAGGGAAGCACUCUUUUAAGAAAUUUAAGCUUUCAGCAUAAUCAUGAAUAUAUACAUAUAAAACAUGAAGUAUGUUGAUGUGUGCAUAUCUGCAGGUACUUGGUUGCAGAAUAGAACUGUUUCUUACCACGGGUUGUAGGAAAAAAUGGUUGAUGGUACUGGUUUAGAGAACUUGAGAAUGCUUAGACAAUCAAGGAUCUCUAGACACUGGCUGCCGUGUACUUUGCCAAAUACUUUGCUAUAGCAUUACUACACUGCUUCUCUGCUUAAAAGGGUACUAUCUUCAAGAGCUGUUAUUCCCCUCCCCCCUUAAAAAAGAAACUACUGAAAAACAAACCAGAAACCUACCGGGAGGCAGUAUGGGGUAGUAAAGAGCCAGGAUUCCUGGGGUUGAAAUCUUAGCUUUGCCCUUAAGUAGUUCUGUGAUUGUGGAAAAAUUAGUCUCUCAGUGCCUGUUUCCUCAUUUGUAAAAUUGGGGUAAUGGUACAUAUAUUCUAGGACUGUUGAGAAGAUUAAAUGAGUUGCUAUUUUUAAGUGCCUAGAACAUUACCAGGAGUGUGAGUGUUACCUAAGAGGCCUUAUGCUAUAGCCAAAAGUAUACUGACAGCCUAGAUUUGAGUUCCCCCAACUUGACGGCUAGCUGGCUUUUCUCUCUGGCUAGACUUUACUGCUCUCCUCAUCUGUAAAAAUGGGGGUGUUUCAGAUAUUGCUGUAAACAUAGAUUGAAUGCUGGCACUGUGAACCUGAGGUUGGGGCUGUUUUCUCUGUGUCCCUAGCACUUUGCAUAGUGCCUGAUACACAGCGUGCAAUUAACAUUUGUCACAUUUACAAAUAUUUACCAUCUA